AAAAGCUCUGCAAACAUCUUCUCUCUGGCUUCCUGCUCUCUGCCACUAGUCAUCCUUGCCAGCAUGUUUACAUUUCCCUUGCCUGUGGUCUCUUUAUCAAGCAAUGGGUUUGUUCUGCACCUAGUAUAAAGUCAGUGAGUGAGGGUUUCACACACACACGUCCUGCACACAUGCAGCAUGCUCAGAAUGACACGGACAAGUACGGUAUUGAGCAUUUUCAUCUUGUUUCUUCAUACCACUUUUGGGGAAAGUGGUUGCACCUCAGCAGAUGGUGACGGAACCUUUGGAGAUGAUGAACCUGAUAAUUUUGACAUUGACUGUUUCAGCCAGCUGGAAUUUAAGGAUUCCUACAGCAGCCUGACCUGCAAUAUUACAGAGCUGCCUCCUCACAACACUAACUAUACCCUGAUUGUGUGUACCAAGGAAGACAGCAGCUACCCGUGUUUCAACAUGGAGAAACUGGAAGAUGUUUAUUUUUUGCAGUUCACAGAUAUACUCUCAAAUAAAGACAUUUGUGUGGAAUAUGAGAUAAAGAGAAAGGCCUGCAGGAGUCUGAUUGUAACUGACAUUGUCAAGCCUGAGGUACCAUUUGACAUAAACAUAACAUACCAAAAGGAGGCAAAUGAAUAUGUCAUUCAUUAUAGUACACCACACUCACGGAAGAAAUACUUAAAGGACAAAUUAAUACACCAGAUAGCCUACCGGCAGGAAGAAAGCACUUGGAAGACCAUAGAAUCGCCAUACCUUCAAAUAAAGUUACUGGGAAAAAACCUCAAAGCAGAUGCAUUGUAUGAGGUGAAAGUACGUUCUCAGCCCAAUGGAGAUUACUUUAAGGGCACGUGGAGCGAGUGGAGCACUUCGAAGAGCUUCAGGACCACAGGAGAACACUCCACAGAGAACUAUAGCAGCUUGUUCGUUAUCAUACUCUCCAUCCCAGGCUUCAUUCUGUCAGUUGUCAUGAUUGUCCUGAUUCUAACAUUUUGGGAAAGCAGGAUCAAGCCUGUUGUGUGGCCAAACCUUCCUGAUCAUAAAAUAACACUGGAGCGACUGUGUAAGAAGCCAAAAAAUAAUUUUGAUAUAAGCUUUAACCCAGAGAGUUUUGGUUAUGUUUUUAUCCAUGAAGUGGAUGGAAUUCAAGCAAAAGCUGAACAGGAGAAUUUUCUGCAGCCACCACCUACUUCAGAGACAGAUAUCCCACCAAAGUUUAGGAGUGGAUCAGACCUGAAGCAAAGCCCUGCAAGAACUGACAAAACCAGCCUGAACCUGUCUGUGAAUUAUGGAGGAAUCUGGUCUGCUGAGGCUCUUCAUGGAUUCCUUGGUAGCAACCAGUCUUCAGACACUGCUGACAUCUGCAGCUCUGGCACGUACGAGGUGUGCCACAGCAGUGGGGUGCCUCUGUGUGAUGAUGGCUUUCACCUUCCUUCUGCUGCUCCCUUAGAUCCUCCAGGACAACCUGGACCAGAGCCCCAGAAUGUCAAUGUGAUGCCACCUAACAGUGAAUUGAAGUCACCAAGUGAUGAAGAAGCCUAUGUCACCAUGUCUAGCUUUUACAAAAAUCAGUAGGCCUUACAGAUACCACAAAACACUGCCUUUUCCCUAGAGCAAGCAGGAUACUGAAGCUCUCUAUUUUGUUCUCCUGCACUCUGUCUCAUCUAGUUCCCACCUCCACCACACCCUGCUCACAGUGCAAUGCUGUACAAAGAAGUGUGGGUUCUUCUGCUUUUCCGCGAGUGACCUUCUGCCCUCUGCAUCCCAGCAGCAAUAUCCACUGCAGCAGAAAUGAAAUUUAAUUUAAUCUGAUUUUAAUCUUCAGAUCUGAUUAAUCCAGAGCAAUGACGCUGCACUCCUAGGCAAGGAUAACAGCAGGUCUAAGAGAGGUGAAGCCUUCUGUUAAGUUCUUACUAAUGCCUAAACAAGAAACAUGGCAAGAAGUUCAAGUGAAACUGAAUUUGAUCUUCACUAGACCAAGAGUAACUCCUCUGCAGUUGGUGGAAGUCCAAAAGUUUGUGAAGCUUGUGGACAGUAAAUGACAGUAAGUGAGAGUUGCUAUCAAGCAUUAGUCACCUGAGGAUUCAGAAGAUCGGUCUCUGCAAAGGCAGAUGACUGAGUCCACAGGAAAAAGCACAUGGAAUCACUUUUGGAAGAUGUUUUCUCAGACUGAUUUUUUUGAAAGAUGAAAACAGCACAAAACCCAAUAUGACACUGUCUUUUGCUAUUGGUAUAUACAUACCCCAGAACUAAAUUCAGGAUCCAUACAUAUUUCUGCUACAGUCAUAUGUUUAAGACCCUCAGUAUCUCAUGUCAUCUAUUUGCAAUUUUUAGCUAAGAAAACGAAACAAAACAAAACAAAACAAAAAAGUAAAUGAAAAGCAAAGUCCUACUUCUCUCUGUAACCGAACUGGGGCUACAAAAUGCAUGUUGCUUUCUUUUUCUGCAGCUCUUGUGCAAGCAGUAAUGCAUCAUGCAAUUAUUUUCCAGGACAGAAGGGAUGUGCAGGUAAUGUUUGUUCACUAGAAUAAUCACCAGUGGCUCUGUCUCCAUAUGAAUACUUUCAAUUGGGCCAGGUACUUUUGUUAUGUGACUUCUGGUCUAGGAAUAUGGCUGGAGCAUCAUGAAUCUCACCACUGAUCCAAAGACCCAUAUUUCAAAAAAGCAGUUUUUAAAUAGCCUGGAGGUAAUGAAGUUUUAAUGUUAUGACCCAGGAAGUCAUCCUGUCCCUUCCCAUUUGUCUUUCUGGACUCUGUGCCCAUUUCUGAGGGACUCCCCAAGUGCUGCCACUGAGAGGACUGAGCCACUCCACUGUCCCUGUGGGACGCUGCACACUGUGGAGCACACGCUUGGAGACAAAGCUGCUACAGCCACGUGGCUGCAUGAUGGCCCAGCAGUGUGGCCAUGGGAAAUCCAAGCCACCUUGCUGUGCUCUGGGAUCAAGGUUCACCAGACUGUGAAGUGCCAGCUCCUCUAGCUGCUUGAAAUAUCCUUCAUUGACAUGUCUAUGUUCCUGGAGUAAAAGGGCAAAAAGAGUCCUCCCUCAUCUUCACAGCUACUCAGAUGUUUUCUGACUGCUAACUGAGAAGCUGUUAUAUCUGAUACAGUCUGCUGGAGAAAGCCAGUGCUCCCAGGACUGCUGUCUGCCACCCCCAGGUCUCUGCAUGCACAACGGCCUGGGGUUUGGCUCAUGAGAGUUCACUGACGUUUGCAGAAUUUUUCAUCAUUGUCACCAAUUUACAGACUGAUUAAUACAGUAAAACAAGGCGGAAACCUGGACAUUCAUUUGCUUUAUAAUGCUUGUUUUUAUUAAAACAAAUAGCUGCUGGUUAUGCUCACACUGUGCAGACUUGCACAGUGCAACUGUAAUGUGGAGAGAAUGUGCUGGAAAGAUAUCCUGUUCCAGUAGCACAGUGACAAACAGAGGGGAUAAAUGAAUAAGCAAAAGCGUAUCAUAAAAAUCCAGUACAGUACGUGCUGUACUUGUUCUGAACUCAUACGUACAUUUUUAAUGAAUAAGAUGUCCAUUACCCAUAUCUAUUUGCACUAUUUACACAGUAAGUUACCCACACGUGACAGUCUUCCUGUUUAUCCAGAAAGGUACACUGCUUUUUAAUACAGGAAGAGCUUUAGCGACUUGGUGUAUAUUUGCUUUAACUGCUCUGGAAUUGUUACAUUUUUCCUAUGUAGUAGUAAUAUUUUUUGCAUAGCUGCUAAUGUUUGAAUAUUCAUUCUGUUCCUUAUGUCUUAUUUUAUUUAAUUAGAUAACUCGUAAUCUUGGAUUUAUAACAUCCUUACUGUAUUAAAAGGACGUUGCUAUUUG